UCGUUUGGGAACUUUAUGGGACCACCCAAUACUAGAAGAAAAAAUAAAUACGUGGGCACAAAAAUUACUUUCUCCAAGGAAUUUUUCAUAGUUUUUCCAUUGUUUACCCAUUAAUUUGGCAAUAAUGGCAGCUGCAGCACCCCCAUUAACUCCCUGGAGUCCUGACAAGAAGCACAGCGACCGGGAAAGAUGGAUUUGCAUUUAUCCGGCUUAUAUUAAUUCCAAGAAGACACGGCAGGAGGGAAGGAAACUCUCCAAGGAGCACUGUGUUGAGAAUCCUACAUAUAUGGAAAUUAGGGAUGUUUUGGCUGUUGCAAAUCUCAGGGUCGGUGUGGAGAAUAAAUUGUACUCCCGGGAGAAGAGUAAGGAACUUGUCCACCGUGGCAGGAUACGUGUGCAAUUGAAGAAUGACGAUGGAACGCCAUUCAAUCCGGAAUAUCCCACACGAGAUAGCAUUUUGAUUCACUUGGGAAGAAUGAUUCCACAGCUGAAGAGUCGUCAGGGUGGGAAAGGUGGUGCAGAGGCUGCAAGCAGUUCAUCCACUUCGUCGGCUCCCCACAAAAAGGGUAAAGGAAAGAGACGUUAAGGUCAGGACAACAUUCUUUUUCUCUCUAUUUCCUCCCUAAAUAUAUACAUUCUCUCAGUUCCCUGA